GGCUCCGGCACUCCCCGCCGGGAUGGAGAGGUUAGGCGAGCAGCAGCAUGUACUCCGUUUCUGACAGCAAGGGAAACAAUGAAAAGACUAUUUGGAGCUCAACAGAAAUGCGGCACAGGACGAGUGUGGUGAAAGUGUGGCUGUCCCGCAAUGAGCCGCCGACCUCCAGACCGGUGUGGACCGGACAGGAGGGCAGUCUGGAUCCUGACUGUCACUGCCCUCGUCACCGCGCAGACUGCAGGAGGAGCACCGCUGUUCUCGGACCCUGGGGUUUUUCUGGAAAAGUACGGCUACCUCCAUCAGGACAACCAUAUCCACAAUGCAGCUGAGAUGCAGUCAGCUAUCCGAGAGUUCCAGUGGUUGUCCCGGCUUCCUGUCACAGGUGAGCUUGACAGCGCCACUCUGAGGCAGAUGGCGGAGCCCCGCUGUGGGGUGUCGGAUGAGAGCAGCCAGCAGAUCUGGGCUCAGAGAGUAAACGCCAUCUUCACUGGAAAGAGCAUCGCUCUCAGGCGACCACAGCGCCACAGGAGGCACUCUGUUGCACAAGCUGAGAAGUGGUACAAACGUCACCUGACCUACCAGGUAGUAAACUGGCCUCGUCACCUGACUCUGGGCUCCGUGCAGUUGGCAGUGCGCGUUGCCUUCCAGUUGUGGAGCAACGUGUCCGGCCUGGUGUUCCAGGAGGCCCCUGAAGGCCCUGCAGACAUCCGGCUGGCAUUUUAUGAGGGAGACCACAAUGACGGGGCCAGCAAUGCCUUUGACGGACCAGGAGGAACUCUGGCUCACGCCUUCCUGCCUCGCCGGGGGGAAGCCCACUUCGACAUGGCGGAGAGGUGGACGCUUAACGGACACAAGGGACACAACCUCUUCAUGGUGACUGCCCACGAGAUCGGUCACACUCUGGGACUGGAACACUCCCCGGUCCAUCACGCCUUAAUGUCACCAUACUACAGGAAACUGGGCCGCAGCCUGGUGCUGAGCUGGGACGACAUCAUUGCAGUGCAGCAGCUGUACGGUAAGCCAUCAGGUGAUCACCCUGUGAGGCUGCCAGGCCAGGUUUUGCAUGCCGCUCUGCAGGAGUGGGAGUUUACAGAGCUGCACAACGCGCGUCAGACCACAGGGCAGCCUCUAUACUGCCAGGGUGUCUUUGAUGCCAUCACUAUGGACCAGAAUGACACGGUGCUGGUGUUUCGGGGCAGUGUGUACUGGACAGUAUUGGCUGAGGGCGGAGUGAGUGGCCCGCUGCCUCUCCGUCAGCGCUGGUCUGACCUCCCUCCGGCCGUCGAGGCUGCUGCCUUCUCCCCGCUGGACUCCAAGUGGUAUUUUUUCAAAGGGAAGCGGAUGUGGCGCUACACAGGCAGUGUACUGGACUCCGGCUUCCCCAGGAAGAGCAGUGAGUUGGGGUUGCCCCGACACCCUGACUGUGCCUUCUACUAUGCUCCUCUGGGUCACAUGGUCCUCUUCAAGGGCUCCCGUUACUCUGUGCUUAACCUCAAAACCCUGCACCAAGAACCCUACUACCCUCGCAGGCUGGCAGACUGGACUGGUGUGCCACAGGGAACCAAUGGGGCGCUGACCCGUCCCGACGGACGCCUUUACCUGUUCAGAGAACAGCGGUUCUGGAGAUUUGACCCGGUUAAGGUGCGUGUCACCAAAGAGGGCCAGUGGGCCAAGGAUCUGGGCUGGACUGGUUGCAGCAACGCUCCUCAGAGCAACAACAUUUUUUGACCAGCAGAGGGAGCUGUAAGCUUAGGCUAAAGUGCAAUUUGUUGAUUAGUAUAUACUAUAAUGUAAGGUGCUACAGCCUAAACCCACAUUGAGUUUAUAUGUUGUUAAAGGAGCCUAGCUCAGCAAAUCUCAUGCCUUGAAGGUAUUCAACAAAAAUACUUACAUUUUGGUUUACACAUUUUGAUGCACAUAUAGUAUUUAUACUGCAGAGCAAUGGAUAUUCCUCUACAUGGAUGUGCAAUUAUAGCCUCAUCAUUGCAGUUCAGAUAAUGACUGGAUUGUCUGCUGUUAAGUGACGGGUUGGAACUAUGCUUUUAAAACCAUCUUUUUUCUCUUUUAGUAGUUGCACACAAACAGAGAAUCUAAACAAUGUGUUUUUAUCAUUUCUUCUGCAAUGUCACUAGUAUGUAACAUAAUGUAUAAAUGACUGUUACUUCCUUUUGACUGUGGUUGUGUGUUGCCUGCUAAUUGCUCGCUAUGGUAAAAGGCCGACAUCUGUAUCACUGACUACAGCAUGUAGUAUGUGCAGUAUGUGCUCAGCAGUAUGUGAGGUCACAUUUCUGAUUCACAUCUGUCAAAGCAGGUAGUUGUUUAGGUCCAACGUUUGGACUACAUAAUUAGUACAUUAUAAAGUGUACCAUGAUGGAUGUUAUCACAAAGCUGACAGCUGUGAUGUAUUUUAAGAAACCAUUUAAUGAUGAUUCAACUGUAACCAUGAAUGUUUCUCCAUUGAACCAAAAUGUAAUUCUGUCUGGUUUGUGAGGCCAUACUCAACAGUAGUUUUAUAACCGGGUGGUUUUACAUCGGUGACACAUCCUUCAUUCUGGUGACCUUUUCAUCUUAUCAGAGUAUUCACUUGGCAUGUAAUUUCUCAUCACUGCAGGCAGAGCAGACAUCAGUCAGUCCAGUGUAGCUCUUACAUCACUAGAGAGCAUACUAAUCCUACAGCUAAUUCAUUUUGACAAUGACAUUACAUACUUGAAAUGUUUUGUCUAGUGGAAACAUGUCAGGACACACAGUCUUCAUAUGCCAGGACUCAUGAGGUCAUCAAAUGCACAGUAUUUUCCUUUCCUCACAAUACAAUAUUAUAUUUGAUUAGUCUUGUCUUUAAACAGAUAUAUAAUAUAAUCACUACAAUGGCAAUGGGCACUGUGCAGUAAUGAUGUGGGUUUGACAUCUGUUGUACCUGAUCAGUCCAAUUCAUGAUGUUAAACUUUCAGUUAAAU